CAGCCUUACGCUCAGGAGAGUGAGGUUGGUUGUGAGGUUGUUAGAGAGAACCUUCAUAUAAACCGUCAUGGGAGAGAACACAUAGGCCAACUUCAGAAUUGACAAACGUCAACAUGAAGGGUUUUGUCUUGCUGGUGCUGGGAAUAGGACUUCUUCACACAGCAUCUGCUGUGACUCACUCCCUGAAGUAUUUCUACACUGCAUCCUCUGGAGUUACCAACUUCCCAGAGUUUGUGGGUGUGGGGAUGGUGGAUGAUGUUCAGAUGGUUCACUAUGACAGCAACAGCCAGAGAGUGGUGUGCAAACAGGACUGGAUGAACAAGCAGCCAGACACGCAGUACUGGGAGAGGGAGAAAGUGAAUUUAUUGGGUUCCCAGCAGAUUUUCAAAGUCAACAUCAAUACUCUAAAGCAGCGUUUUAACCAAAGUGGAGGUGUGCAUGUUUUUCAGAAGAUGUACGGCUGUGAGUGGGAUGAUGAGUCUGGAGCCACGGAGGGGUUUAAUCAGUUUGGAUUUGAUGAUUUUGAGGAUUUUGUGGCAUUGGACCUUAAGACAGAAACAUGGACCGCCCCAACACCACAGGCAGUCAUUACUAAACACAAGUGGGAAAAUCUCAGUGCGAAUACAAAGCACUGGAAAAACUACCACACCCAAACCUGCAUUGAGUGGCUGAAGAAGUAUCUGGACUAUGGGAAGAGCACUCUGAAGAGGACAGUCCCUCCGUCAGUGUCUCUGCUCCAGAAGACCCCCUCCUCUCCAGUGACCUGCCACGCUACAGGUUUCUACCCCAGUAGAGUCAAGGUAGUCUGGAUAAAAGAUGGACAAGAACACCAUGAAGAUGUGGAGAAUGGAGAGACUCUCCCCAACGAUGAUGGAACCUUCCAGAAAAGCACCCACCUCACAGUGACGCCGGAAGAGUGGAAGAACAACAAGUAUCAGUGUGUGGUUCAGGUCACUGGUUUCAAGGAGGACUUCAUCAAGGUUCUGACUGAGUCUGAGAUCCAGACCAGCUGGGGAAAGACCAACAGGGAUACAAAUGUCCCAAACACCGUUGGCUCCGCCCCCGUCAUUGGAGUGGCUGUAGCUCUCCUGGUUGUUGUUGUUGCUGUUGUUGUUGGGGUCGUCAUUUGGAAGAAGAAGUAGAAGAACGA